AUGGACGACCUUGCCCACGAGUCCCGUCCUAUCCACUCCCUCAGUCGCAAGCGCAAGGCCGACCAAGACGACCAUAAUGGCCCCCCUUCUCCCUCUGACCCUCCCCCCACCCCCGACGCCAUGCUCAUCGACCCCCAGGCCACCCCCAGGUGUCCUGCAGACGCUGCCACCCCCGGGCCCUCCACCUCCCCGUGGCACAUAGCCCGUUCCACCCAAGGUAUGGCUCCUUCUUGGCCACACCCGCCUUCUCCCUCUUGUGCCCCUUCCGCGUUCAACCCACAACGGAACCGCGAAGGUCAAGCGUCUCCCAAACGCCUCCGCAUAGACAUUCCUUGCACACCACCAGGAUCCCCACGUUCGCGCCGUUUGCGUGGUCCGUCUUCACGUCAUCACCUCGGUCGCCAUCGUCGCGCAGGAGAAACCCGCGACACGGGCAUCGUCUCCGCGACCGAGCCUGGUCCAAGUAGAGGGUCUCUCUUGCGCACCGCUAGUCUUCCUUCUGUGUCUUCCAGUUCGCGUUCCGUUCCCGCCUCUCCCGUCGAGCCGAUAACCAUCUCUCCCCAUAUACCCCCUCACCAACCUCCCAUAAACAGAGAGACAUUGAAGGAACUCGACCUCGAAGCCAUCCUCCGCAAUCCUCAGCUCCGCCAUGACUUGCUGUUCGAUUCUGGACUGCAGUUCCGGCCGACGUCGAGUCGCCGCAAGCGCGAUCUCGCAGACAACUACUGGCUCGCCAUCGUCCGCGAGCUCGAGUGCGGGUGCACCUGCACCACUCUCGAUGCCAACGGUCGACUCACCGAGCGACGCUGUGCGUGCGGCAUCCUCUCGAUGCCCAUCGACCGCCCCCUCCUCGCCUUCUCCCAGGGCAACAUGAUGACCGUCCGCACGCCUUCGCGCAUUCGGCCGCUGUUGAACGAGCUGCUCGAGGUCCUCAUCUCCAUCAUCCAGCCUCCCCAGCCUCCCAGCACGCGGCCGCCGGGGCUCCUCUUCCCACCGCCCCCACAGCACCCGCAGUUCCAGCAGAACGUCGCGCACGUCGCGCUUCUGCGGCAGCUUCUCGACCCUGACCUGAUCCAGCAGGAAAUCGACCACGGGCUGUUCGAUCCCUCCGGCGUCUUUCAGGCGAUCGGGGACAUCAUCCGCUGCCAUUGUGCGCCCAUGCGCGACGCCGCCGUCGACCAAAUGGUCGCCCUCGCGCGCAGUUGCGCCCCUGGGGGGAGCGGGACGAAGCUGGACGCGGUGCGCGCGAUCCGGCUGUGCUUCGAGAUCAUGGAGCUGAUGAAGCUGGACGUGGCCAACCAUCAGCUGCAGACGCUGCGUCCGUACCUGGUCCGGACCGCCGCCCAGUACGAGAUCAGGACGUUCCGGGAGACGCGGCAGAACCGACAGACGACGUCGCUGGGCCUCACGCGCGCGUGGCUCAAGUCGGCGUAUCGGGCGGCCGCGGAGGGCUCUUCGCUGCACUCGCAGAGGUUCUUGAGGCAUUCCCGCCAGACUCGCGUCACGAUCGCGGUCGUGAAAGCCGUGGUCAACCUGAUCUUCGACCCGCCUGCCGUCCCCUCGCCUCUGUCGUCCGCCCCGUCCCCCUCGUCCCCAUCCUCGUCGGCGGCGGCAUCAACGCCGGCUCCCUCAGCAGUGUCGACGCCCACGCUCUCGUCGCCCCCGAUCGCGUCUUCCCGCUCACACAGCAGCUCGAGCUCGUCAUCACAGUUCGCAGGCUACCCCGAGACGUUCUUUCUCGACUACGGCCGCCUCGCGACGCUGAGCACAGAUGCGGCCGACUUCACCGCGCUCUACAUGCUGCUCAUGCUCUACCGCCAGCUCGUGCACUCGCACGCGCACCGACAGUCGCGCGGUGGCGCGCGCGCGCAGGUGACGAACGACGAGCUGCUCAGGCUCAAGAAGGAGAUCUGGGAGAUCGGCCCGUCCCACCUCGGUCUGUGCUACAUGCAAAACCGCCCGCGGCCGAGCUCCAGCAGCAGCAGCUCCCGCGGUUCGUCUUCGUCCUCGUCGAGCAAACACGAGCGUGGCGAGCGCGAUCGAGAGGCGGAGCUGAAGAAGUGGCGUGCGGACAUCGGCGACGUCGUGCUCCAGGUGACGAUGCGCGCGACGGAGCCGCGGCCGCUGCAACAAAAUCUGGGGGGCGAGCCUCCGGCGAGAAGCGCGGAGGCGCUGCGCGCGCCCGACGCGUCCGUGCUGAGCUUGGCGAACAGCUGGGCGGAGAGCAACCUCCGUGCGGGGUCGCCGCUCAGCACGCUCAUGAAGAAGCGGAUACGGGAGUGCGUCGAGGAGGCCGUGCUCGACAUCGUCCUCUCGCCGCCCUCCUCGUCGCCGGCAUCAUCAGAGCCCGACGAGCCCAGCGAAAACGACGCGCAGAGCUCGUCGAGCGGACUCGAGCCGCUCAUGCCGGAGAUCAGGCACUUGGCGGAACGCGCGGCGAAGCUGGUGUCGAUCCACACGAACGUGUAUGGCUCGCUGUACGCGCACCCGGCUUUCCUCGGGCUCGACGCGUCCGAGUCCGAGUCCGAACCGUGCCCCUCGCCCGCGCCCGCACUCCUCUCCGCGACACCCGCGCCCGCGCCCGCGUCCAUGUCAUAG